AUGAGGGCAUUCUCGAAUGCUACGAUUGGCGACCAGCCUACAGCAUCGAACAGACGCCAGCCUGUUCGUCAAACACGUACCAAUCCUGCUAGAACCGCUACAAAUGUCGUCCAACCUCAGGCGGGCGCCCUCGCCCAAGCGCCAGACGUUGACCGCAACGCGAACCCGGGAUUUUAUCCUGCCAUUACACAUUUCACAGAUGCAAUCACUGCAUUACCAAAAGAAAUGAUUCGACAUUACACCAUGCUGAAAGAGGUUGAUGCUAAGACACAUGGACCUGAAGCGCUCCUAGGGCAAUACCUCAACGCAGCGCUGAAAGCUCCGAGCCCCCUUCAACAGCAGGCGUUUCGAACGCAAGCCAACAAAGCUGAAAAUGCGACCCAUAAUGCAGCCUCAAACGGUCCACCUUCAGACAACACUGGGAGUGGGUCCCAGCGCACUGCCUAUGACGACCCUGCAAAUUUAGCUCGUCGAGGUCACUUUCACAAUAUGCGCUUAGCUAUGCUCGAGAUGCUCCAGACCCUCGACGAGAAGAACCACGUCUUGAACACCGCGAUUGACAGCCUCGACAAACAAAUGAAACGCUGCAACAGCUCCUACCCCCACAUCGAGGACGAGAUUAGCGAAGAAGCACGGUACGGUAGCUUGACCCAUUGGGCUUAUACAGAUCAGAGCGCGGAGAAAAAGGGAAUGAUUGCGGGAGAGCGCACGAGACGAGCUGCGAAUACAGCAGCAGCAGCAGCAGCCCAACAGGAGGCGGAAGGUGCGGCCAUGCGAAGCGAAGCAAGACGUGAGGCCUUAGCAGCACGCAAGCAACGGAAUCAACAUGUGGACUCCGAUUUCGAUGAUGGGCGAGCCAUAAGUAAGAAUCCUAAAUCUGGCGGCAAAGGGCGAAAAGCUGCAGAUGCAAAUCUUGGCACAGCUGUAGGACUUGGAGUACUGAACGGAGCUACACCACCAAACAAGCGGCGCAAGGUCGAGAAAGCCACGGGAGGUCUACCUGCGGAGAGGGCGAUGGCUUCAGUAUACGGAGCAAAUGGAGGCAAUGGUCGGGGCCUUGCCAGCAGUCCUAGAGACAUUCCUGGAAACGACGCCACUGGAAAGAAGAGAGGUCGUGGAGGAAAUCUAGCGGUGAAUGGGACUGUAAGAAAGAGGACGAAUACGAACGCAUCGACUGUCAACCCACCAUCUUUGGCCUCUUCACCAGUCGUCGCCACGUUUGCUGCCGCAAAGGAUCGUGGAGGUAAGAGUCCGGCGCCGUCAAUGAUGCAACGGCUGCCAUCGGCACGGGCUCGCCAGAACUCAACACAGUCCGCGGUGCAAUUAGCCAGAAAUCGGUCAUCGUCGACGAAUGUCAGGGCUACGAACGGAAACGGCCUGCACGGCACAACGGCAGAUGUUGAAAAGGUGUCCGGUCUGACAGGUAGGACACCCGGAGAUGUCAAAAGCACUAUGAAAGAGACAGUCAACGCUAAGGGGGAGCACCUUGUCGAGGAUAUUGGUACUGGCGACGGAGCGGGCGAUCUGCGUGGUGCCCUUGUAGUGGGAAGCAGAAAUACUGAUCGUUUGAAGCGCGAAGAGACAGAGAACGGUUCUGGCAGAACUCGCGGCGACAGACCUCCAUCGAUAUCUGUCUCUACUCGAGGAGGGAACAGCAAGGGACCCUCGAAGACCGCGACACCUAUCAAUGCCAGCUUUGCAGAACCGCAUAGGACUCGAGGACCACGCGCUUCAGACGCACCGCUCAAGCGAUCUCACAAGAAAGGAGCGGGCCUGGCGGCUCAGAUCGCAGCCGCAGCUGCAGCGCAAGACGGUGAAGACUCUUCAAUGCAAGGUGAAGAAGACGAAGAGGAUGGACCAGGACAGGAACGGUACUGCUACUGCGACGGGGUCAGCUAUGGCGAAAUGGUUGGCUGCGAUGGUGACAAUUGCGAGAGAGAAUGGUUCCACCUGGAUUGUGUGGGGCUGAGUAGGGCGCCCGCAAAGAACGCGAAAUGGUACUGUGACGAGUGUAAAGAAAAUCUCAAGAGCGCCAAGUUCAAUGGCGCCAACGGGAGGUGA